UUCGCGAACCGUCUCGUUUCGGCCACAUAUCGCAUUAGGUGUGGCAAAGUUUUGGGGCUUGAUAGCAGCUUCGCAAGAUCUCGCGCAUCCUGUCCCCCUGCCUUGUGCAGCUUCCUCCUUGCUUCCUUCAUGGGCAUGUUGGUGAUUCGGCCUUUCCGAUGCGAUGUAAAUGCUUGGCGAGCGGAACGUGUCCAGUGCGUAGCUGGAAUAGGAUCGAGGCCUGCUGUCGAGGGAGUUUCUCGACUAAUCUCUGGAAGCGGUCAGUGGGUAUUUUCUGCAGGAGCUUACCAGCGCGUCCAUAACGUGGGGAGACUCUCCAUUCACUGUUUGCCCUGCCCAUCUCCUCUUGCGCAUCAUGAUUAUCCUAUUCCUAGUCCCGAUAGAGGAAAAAAUAGGCCUUCUACUGGGAUUUUCUGAAUGCAUUGUCUCUAUCUCUCCAGGAAGCCCUGUCUAUAGCGACCCUGCCGUCCGCCUUAGUGAUCGGUGCGUGGACGAACGAGGCGGUGCGGCAGAGCAUUUUCUUCGGUAUAGAUUGAAUCCGGUAUCCAGCGGUUCAUUGCGCG